GUGUGCUACAAGUGAAUCAGGCCAGGUGUGACAAGAGCGGAGCUUCGGUCGAAAUUUGAGCUACUAUCAUUUCUCAAGCUAAAUUCAUAAGCAAACCUACAUUAUACAUAGAAGAGAAAUGAGCCAGCCUAUGAGGAGUAUUUGAAGCUUCUUCAGAAAGGAUUCAUAUUCCACUUCACUUCGCUGUGGGUGCCUCAUCAUCGCUAAACCGUCUGUUUCUCACAUCCGCUCUGCCAUACACCUUGGAAGGAAGCCAGCGGCGUGACCACUAGUUCGCCACACAGCAAACCAGUUGGAAAUCCUCCAGGGACGGUUGGGUGACCGACCGUCUCGUUUUGACGAGUUGCAGACACUCUUGCUAGAAGCUUUAUCUUCGCGAGCAGAAAUGUCCAAGUCUUGCAAGGGUCUGGCGUACGAGCUCGUCAAGUGCGUGGCGGAGAGCCCGUGUGUGAAGGAGAAAGGUCAGUCCGUGCAGGAGUGCGCGGGGAAGCAGCCGCCAGAGAUUCCGUCCAAAUGUGUGGGGCUGAGGGAGACGUACGCCAAGUGCAAGAGAGGACAGGUUGACAUGAGAACGCGGAUUAGAGGCAACAAGGGAUACUAGGAGCCAGUGAACUUCAUAGCAGGGUGGGACAUUAUCUUAGAGAAGGGUGCAGGGAGCUUCCACACAAGGGAUCUUAGAGACGUUUCGUAGGAUUUCUGAAGACCUUGCGUGUGGAAGAUGUCAGAAGUGGUAUGAUUCUCUCUUCUCUACUCUGUUUUUUUCCGCUGGAAAAACACAAGUGUACAAUAGUUUUGAGUUUACCUUAUGUGAGGUGGGUACAUACAGCAUACUUAUAUUGAAGGGAUCAAACUGGUAAUAGAAUUGCUCACUAUUUCGUUCACCUCCCACAGGUUGCUUUCUUCACCGAAUCUGCAGAGCAGCCAAUAGAAGAGCCGAAUUUGCACUAAUUCUGACGUAUGUGCGCCAGUUGGAAAGUAGAAUCAGAUUUGUCACUACGAUGCUCCUUUCUUUGCAUGGGCUGCCAAACGGUUCCGCGAUUCGGUCACCUGGCGCGGUUCAGCGGUUCGGUCAACUCAGCUCAAGCUCUCGGCAUGUGCAUGGACGGUGGAUUUCGUGAUGCGAAUGAUGAGUGCGCUGCCUGCCGAGUGCGCUGCCUGCCGAGCCCACGGCAGGCGCCGGGACAAAUUCGUGAUGGGGUAUUACAAGAGUGAGCGACCGAGCGCACCACGGGAGGCGCGCGCCGGAACCCUUUCGCGCUGUAACCCGAUUCGCACGGCCGGACCCUCGUCACCCGCAGGUGGCGGGUCCGGCUCCGCACGCUGGGAAGCGUUAGCGUGUGUGUCUGGGUUGCCGCCGUAUCUUCGCGCGCAAGAGAUCGCUGGCCUUUUUUACGCCCUCCUAGCCUCAUUCGGGUCGCUGGCCUUUUUUACGCGCUCCGAACCUCGUUCGGUGCUAUCUGAUUCUUAUUCUCUGUCUGAUUCUCUGUCUCGAGUGCCUGAGCGGUUGUGAGCGGUCUUGAAAGUUGUCGCCCGGUUCCAAAAGGUGAAGGUCGUUUGGUAAGUGCGUGCUCGGAGCUACAGCAUGCAGCAUACUGUAACGAGGUUCAAGCUCAAUAACGGGGAUGAGAUCCCCGCUGUGGGAUUAGGGACGUGGAAGAUCGCACCUGAGGAAGUCGACGCUGCUGUGUCGACUGCUCUGGAGGUAAGGGUUGCUCAUUUUUCCAGGGUGUUUUUGGAAAUUCUCAAGAACGCCCUGCAAACUCUUGGGAAAUCGAAGGUCGCACCUGAGGAUGUCGACUCGACACUGCUAUGUCUACUGCUCCGGAAGUAAGGGUUGCUCACAUCAUUUUGUGGAUUUCAUAUACCCUCUGGCAUUAAUAGGGGCAUUUUUAGCUCUGAUGUACCGUAACUCCCUUUUGGCUUUCUCCCUUUUUAUGUUGAUCUGAAUCCUUUGCUGCUCAAUCAAAUGCGCUUGGAGUUUUGCUAACAUUUCUGGGGAGCUUUCGGCUUUUAAGGCAUUGCUCAAGUUACCUCCAAGGAAUUUCUCAUCCAUUACUAUUUCUGCCUCUUCCCUUCCGUUUGCCCUCUCCUCCAUCUUCCAUUCCUGUUUCAAUCCCCUCCCCCUCCCAAUUCGUCCACUCAUACAUUACUACUAAUGUCUGCCUCCUCCCUUCCCUUUGUCCUCUCCUCUCCUCCAUCCCCCUGUUUCAAUCCCUCCCCCUCCCAAUCUCUUCCAUUCAUACAUUACCAAUUUCUGCUUCUCCCUUUGCCCUCUCCUCUCCUCCAUCCUCCUGUCUCAAUCCCCUCCCCAAUUAACCUGACACCUAAAGGCCGGCUAUCGCCACUUUGACUGCUCAACCAAAUACAAUAACGAAGCUCAGAUUGGGAGGGCGCUAGAGGAUGGCAUGGCACGGAUGGGCAUUGACCGCAAGGACCGGCAUGGCACGGAUGGGCAUUGACCGCAAGGACCUUUUUGUCACCUCUAAGCUCUGGCCUUCGGAAUUCUCUCCCCCUGACGUCAUCCCGGCUCUCGAAAACACCCUUGGAGACCUCCGGCUCACACAUCUGGACCUCUUCUUGCUCCACAUACCCGUGCAAAUGGCCAAGCCUUGGCACUCCCCCCCUAAGAGAGAAGACAGGGUGCUGCCCUGGCAGAUGGCAGCAGAUGGAGGCAGGAGUGGAGCGGGGAUUAGUGCGCGCCAUCGGGGUCUCCAAAUGGUCGGUGACGAAGCUGAAGCAGCUGCUGAGCUGGCGGCCCGUGCACGCGCCAGCUGUCAACCAUUUGGAGGCGCAUCCCCAUUGGAGGCAGGAUGCCAUGCUGGCGUUUUGCAAGGGCGAGGGAAUACAUGUGUCG